UGUUUUCAAUUUCUCAAGUAAGGCUACAUUUGUUGGAGGAUAUUUCCACAUAAAACAAUAUAGAGGAUGUCAAACUUGGGACAAUUUGACUCUGACUUUUAUCAAUCCAAUUAUACUAUUGAUCAGGAGCAGAGUUGCAAUGAUGCUAAUGCCUAUGAUUCUGUGUAUGGAUCUAGAAAACACCACGCAAGUGAGUUGCCUCGGCCCGCCUCCUUUGUUCCACCAGGGAUGCUCCCCCCAUCGGGUUACACAGGACAUUUUUUCCAACCAGCUUCCAACCCGGAUUAUUAUUCACAAUCUCCUUACAUUGACAGUUUUGAUGAAGAGCCUCCUUUGCUAGAAGAACUUGGAAUCAACUUUGAUCACAUUUGGCAAAAAACGUUGACAGUGUUAAAUCCAUUGAAACCAGCAGAUGGCAGCAUUAUGAAUGAAACAGACCUAGCGGGGCCCAUCCUCUUUUGCCUUGCCCUGGGAGCCACCUUGCUGAUGGCAGGAAAAGUUCAGUUUGGAUAUGUGUACGGCAUGAGUGCUAUUGGCUGCAUCGGGAUUCAUGCUUUACUGAACUUGAUGAGCUCUUCUGAGGCGUCCUACGGUUGUGUGGCGAGUGUGCUUGGUUACUGCCUGCUCCCCAUGGUCAUCCUGUCCAGCUGUGCCGUCUUCGCUUCACUUCAGGGCACCACUGGAACCCUGUCAGCUCUGGUCAUUAUUGGCUGGUGUAGCCUCUCAGCAUCUAAAAUCUUCAUUUCAGCCUUAGCUAUGGAAGGACAACAGCUUCUUGUUGCUUAUCCUUGUGCCUUACUUUAUGGACUUUUUGCACUCCUAACUGUUUUCUGAAAGUGCUUUAAGUGUCCUUACAAGAUUAUUCUGAAAAUGCAUUCUCAUUUAAAUUUGCUCAUAUGAUUUCUGUUUUAUGGCUAUUGAGAGAACAAUAAACAGAGAAACAAAACAGCACUUAAGGAUGGCGAUUUCAAAAAGCCUGUUAGGUUUGAAAGAUGUUUUGCUGUUUUGGUAUGGUGCAUUGAAACUUUUUCCUUAAAAAAAAAAAGUAAUGAUGAUAAUCAUUUUUCAUAAAUCUGAAUGUAGAAAUAUAAUUGUACUACUGAUAAACCUUGUUUCGCUCAAUAGAUGCAUUUCUGAUAAAUGGAAAGUAAAUAAAAUCAUAUGCUAUUUAAACAGA